GCAAAUACAACAAGCACCGAUCACAAACUUAACCGGGCUGAUGCUAGUAUUUGAUUGCACAGUGGAAAGGCGCUAUUAGAGUGACCAUACUGCCAAAUACUAGAAAAGCCAGCAAGCCAAAUAAACCAAAAAGAACAACAAUAAAAACGCGUCGAGGUGAAUGUAAAUAAAAGAGUGUCCAUAAAUUUCGUUUAUCUGGUCAAAAAAAAAAAAAACAUUAAACAUAAAAACAAAGCAAGUGAAGUCAUCAAUAGCCAAAUAGCAAACAAAACGAAACGGAACGCGCACAAAGCAAGCAGCAGCAGCAACAACAACAACAACUUUGCUUCUUGUUUCUUGUUUUUUUGUUUUUCUAUUUUGGUUUGUUUUGUUUUUGCAAAGAGUGCCGUCAGGAAAAGGGGGCGACGCCCGCCUCGUCGCAGCAUGGAGGACUUCGACAUCGAUUUGGAUCUAAACUUUGUGCAACUGAGCCGGCAACAGCUGCUCCAGCGCUAUACGAACGCCGUGCGCCAGCUGCGCCGCCUGGCCGAUGUCAAUUACGGCGUGCGGCCGCUGAGCUUCGAUAAUUAUGUGAUCUUUCAGUAUUUUCAACAGCGCAGCCCCAUGCCACUGUACAAUGCGUCCACCAGCACACCGCUGAUGGCCUAUCUGAAGCUGGAGGUGCUGCAUCAUUUGCUCGAUCGACGGCGCAAAAUCCUGUGCUGGCUCUUCUAUCUGACGCUAAUGUCGCUGUGCGUUGUCGCGUAUCGCUAUGAGACGACAAAUGGUGCGAAUAACGGACGCAUGGUGCAGUCGCUGGUGUAUCCGGGCAUGCGAAUGUGGCGUCGCAUGACCAUGCCGCUAAUACAGCGCUUUCCACGUCUCACCGAGCUCUAUGAUGAGUCCUGUUUGAUGGGCAAUCCGUUCUUUCAAGUCGAGGAUCUCAGCUGCGGCCCCUGUGCCGAUGUGGAGCACGUUUGGCUGGAGAGCGAUGAGUGCGCCCAGCUCUAUGUCGAUGCUGGUCACAAUGUAACCACACUCAGUUACCAGGAGCAGGCGCAGCAGGCGCAGCAAUCGGCUACCCUAACUGGUUAUAAGCAGCUGGCGCUGUUGCAGCAUUGCCGCAAGCCGACGGAGCAUAUGCCGUAUACGUUUCGGAGCAAUCAGCAUGGCUUUGAUUUGGCCGACUUCUACAAGAUCUAUGCGAACAAUUUGAAGAUAUUCCAGCGCGACGCAUACCGUGUACACUCCACCAAUCAGGGUGUGCACAAUCUGGAGGAUCUCUUCGGUCAGUUCAAUAGCAGCAGUUCGACCGAUGAUGAUGUGCUCGGCGCUAGAGCAGCAGCAUGGUCAACGCAUGCCCACAAUCUGUGGCGCUGCAAUCGAAUGCUGCCCGCCCGUUUGUUGCGUCCCAUAUUUGCGCGUCCAUUGCGCUUGCCCAGCAUGGGCGUCGCCCUGGAACGUUAUGUGGCCAUCGAUACGGCCCAGGCGCCGGCAUAUACCCUGCCCGAAACCGAAUGCCCCAAUGUCUAUGUGCAUCAGGCGGUCGGCACACGCUUCAUCAUAUUGCGUCCGACCAGCGAAUGCCGCCAGCGUUGUCGCACCCUCUCCAUGCGCCUCACCCAGUCCUUUGUGCUUACCUACAAUUGGCUGUACUGGAAACCGAUAUCGGCGCCCGAUCCCAUAUCGGAGAGCAUGUCCAUUAGCCUCAUCGGCUCCUACUGUUAAACUGGAAGAGUCCGUGCCACAAUUGCCCACACAUCAUCAUCAUCAUCAUCAGAGUCAUUCUUGUCAUUGUCAACCUUCACAAUUCUCAGUCAACAUAUAUAUAUAUAUAUAUAUAUAUAUAUAUAUAUAUAUAUAUAUUUUUUUGUUAAAUGCCAUGCCAAAAUUUUUCCAACAAAUUUAUGUCGCUCUCAAUUUGGAAAGAAAAAUAAAAGAAAAAAAAAAAAAAAAAAA